GGCGGCGGGGGCGGCGGCGAGUGGGGAGGUGGCGGGCGGACCUUCGCGGAGCCUCCGGCCCGGGGCAGGAUCAGGGCCCCUUCCUGGGGGAGUUUCCUGCCUGUCCGCCUCCCCGCCUCUCCCCGCCCCCUCUCCGGGCCGCUCCUUGUAUGGUCUCGGCGCCGCGCUCUCCCCGCCCUUCCUCCCUCCCUCUUCCCUGCCUCCCUCCCCGCCUGGCUGGAGGCUGCGGGACCGGGACGCAGAGUCCGCGGACCCGGCGCCGAGGCGGCCACCCGAGACGCGGCGCGUACGCUCCGGCCCCGGCCCGGCCCGGCCAUGGCGGCCCCCCGUCCGCCUCCUGCGAUCUCCGUCUCCGUCUCGGCCCCGGCCUUUUACGCUCCGCAGAAGAAGUUCGCCCCGGUUGUGGCCCCAAAGCCCAAAGUGAAUCCUUUCCGGCCCGGGGACAGCGGGCCUCCCGCGGCGGCCGGGGCCCAGCGCGCACAGAUGGGCCGAGUGGGUGAGAUCCCCCCACCGCCCCCGGAAGACUUUCCUUUACCCCCUCCUCCUGUCCUUGGGGAUGGUGACGACGCUGAGGGUGCUCUGGGAGGUGCCUUCCCACCCCCACCUCCCCCCAUCGAUGAACCCUUCCCCCCUGCGCCUUUGGAGGAGGACAUCUUCCCUUCACCUCCUCCUCCACUGGAGGAGGAGGGAGGGCCUGAGGCCCCCACCCCACUCCCACCGCAGCCCAGGGAGAAGGUGAGCAGUAUUGACCUGGAGAUUGACUCUUUGUCCUCACUGCUGGAUGAUAUGACCAAGAAUGAUCCCUUCAAAGCCCGGGUGUCCUCUGGAUAUGUACCCCCUCCAGUUGCCACUCCAUUCAUUCCCAAGUCCAGUGUUAAGCCUGCAACUGGGGGCACAGCACCCCUGCCUCCUUGGAAGGCCCCUUCUAGCACCCAGCCUCUGCCCCAGGCUCAGCCUCAGAGCCAGCCGCAAUUCCACGUCCAGCCUCAGGCCCAAACCCAGGCCCAGACCAAGCCUCAGGUCCAACUCCAUGUCCAGCCCCAGACCCAUCCUCAGCCUGUGGCUUUGACAAACACCCAGCUGCGAGGUCCUCCAGCUCCAGCUCCAGCUCCAGCUCCAGCCCCUAAGUUUUCUCCAGUGGCUCCCAAGUUUACUCCUGUGGCUCCCAAGUUCAGCCCUGGAGCUCCAGGUGGACCAGUGUCCCAGCCCAAUCAAAAAUCGGGGCCUUCUGAGACAGGCUGUUCCACUGGCACGGGCUCCCCUCAGCCCCCCAGCUUCACCUAUGCUCAGCAGAGGGAGAAGCCCCAAGUGCAGGAGAAGCAGCACCCAGUGCCCCCACCGGCCCAAAACCAAAACCAGAACCAGGUGCGCUCUCCUGGGGCUCCAGGACCCCUGACCCUGAAGGAGGUGGAGGAGCUGGAACAGCUGACCCAGCAGCUGAUGCAGGACAUGGAGCAUCCUCAGAGGCAGAAUGUGGCCGUGACUGAGUCCUGUGGCCGAUGUCGUCAGCCGCUGGCCCGUGCGCAGCCGGCAGUCCGUGCACUGGGGCAGCUGUUCCACAUCACCUGCUUUACCUGCCACCAGUGUGAGCAGCAGCUCCAGGGACAGCAGUUCUACAGCCUGGAGGGGGCACCGUACUGUGAGGGCUGCUAUACAGAUACCCUGGAGAAGUGCAACACCUGUGGGCAGCCGAUCACCGACCGCAUGCUGAGGGCCACAGGCAAAGCCUACCACCCGCAGUGCUUCACCUGCGUGGUCUGCGCCUGUCCCCUGGAAGGCACCUCCUUCAUCGUGGACCAGGGCAACCGGCCCCACUGUGUCCCUGACUACCACAAGCAGUAUGCCCCAAGGUGCUCCGUCUGCGCGGAGCCUAUCAUGCCCGAGCCCGGCCGUGACGAGACCGUCAGAGUGGUCGCUCUGGACAAGAACUUCCACAUGAAGUGUUACAAGUGUGAGGACUGUGGGAAGCCCCUGUCUAUCGAAGCGGAUGACAACGGCUGCUUCCCUCUGGAUGGCCAUGUGCUUUGUCGGAAGUGCCACACGGCUAGAGCCCAGACAUGAGUAAGGACAGGCCUCCUUCCAGACCGCAGGUCCAUACCCCAUCAAGGACCACCCACACUGAGACCAGUCCCUGCCUCCACCCACUCCAACCCUCCCUCCAUUCCAAACCCCUCCCUGGUAUCUCAAGUGCUCUGACCUGAGGCCCCAUUGACCUAGGGUGCUGAGGCCCAGCCCUGGGCUGCUGUCCUCGCCCGUCCUGCAGGGAUCGCCCGCUGUCCUCCAGGGUCCCCACCCUAGGGGCCACCAGGCCUCGUGCUGCUGCUUUCACUGCUGCACCGAUACCCUUGGCUGGGCUCGGCAGCCUCCGUACUCUGCUUGCUGAGGGCCCUGGCUAGGCUGGACACCUCCCCUGCACCGUGCUGCCAGGUCGCAGCUACAGCUACAGAUUAAAGAACUUGUUUUCCAAAAU